UGUACCGCAGACCUGAGUCGUGGUCCGUACACGUGGAGAGUCAAUUUGAGGAUCGAUGGGGCUGUAGGGCAGUACAGCAGUGAACGCGUUGUUAUUUGGAUUGAAAUUUCGCCUCUGGCAAAAGGUCUUGUGAACUGUUUUCGUCGUCGGCAAUUUGUUUUGAAAGGCAGCUCUGAAAUAUUUGAUACCAGAGCACAAUGAUGAAGUACAUCCUGGUAACCGGGGGAGUCAUCUCAGGCAUCGGCAAAGGAAUCAUUGCGAGCAGUGUGGGCACAAUCCUGAAGUCAUGCGGCCUGCACGUAACUGCCAUCAAGAUCGACCCUUACAUCAACAUCGACGCGGGCACAUUUUCACCCUAUGAGCAUGGGGAAGUGUUUGUGCUGGAUGACGGGGGUGAGGUGGACUUGGACCUGGGGAACUACGAGCGCUUCCUCGACAUCCGGCUGACCAAAGACAACAACCUGACCACCGGCAAGAUCUAUCAGUCAGUCAUCAACAAAGAGAGGAGGGGAGACUACCUGGGCAAGACUGUGCAGGUGGUGCCACACAUCACAGAUGCCAUCCAGGAGUGGGUUGUGAAACAGGCCAGAGUACCAGUUGAUGACGAUGACGUAGAACCUCAAGUCUGUGUAAUAGAGUUGGGAGGAACUGUCGGAGACAUCGAGAGUAUGCCUUUCAUCGAGGCCUUCAGGCAGUUCCAGUUCAAAGUGAAGAGGGAGAACUUCUGCAACAUUCACGUCAGUCUGAUACCACAGCCCAGUGCAACAGGAGAGCAAAAGACCAAACCAACACAGAACAGCGUCAGAGAGCUGAGAGGCCUGGGUUUGUCCCCUGAUCUGAUCAUGUGCCGCUGUUCCACCUCUCUGGAGAACUCGGUGAAAGAAAAGAUCUCCAUGUUCUGCCAUGUGGAGCCUGAGCAGGUCAUCUGCGUGCACGACGUGUCGUCCAUCUACAGAGUACCUUUACUGCUGGAGAAUCAGGGCGUGGUGGGCUACCUGAGCAAGAGACUGAAUAUGCCCAUAGAGACUCGACCCAGGAAGAUGCUGACCAAGUGGAAGGAGAUGUCUGACAGGUCAGACAGACUCCUGGAGCACUGCUCCAUAGCACUGGUUGGGAAGUACACCAAGUUUUCCGACUCCUAUGCUUCCGUUAUCAAAGCGCUGGAGCACUCAGCCCUGGCCAUUAGCCAUAAGUUGGAGGUGAAGUAUAUAGACUCAGCGUAUUUGGAGCCGAGCACUCUGCAGGAGGAACCAGUGAAAUACCACGAGGCGUGGCAGAAACUCUGCAGUGCUGAUGGCAUCCUGGUUCCAGGAGGUUUUGGUGUCAGAGGAACUGAAGGAAAGAUUCAAGCCAUCAACUGGGCCAGGAAACAGAAAAUACCUUUUCUAGGUGUGUGUCUUGGAAUGCAGCUGGCUGUAUGUGAAUUUGCCAGGAAUGUGCUUGGCUGGAAAGAUGCCAACUCAACUGAAUUCGACCCAGAAUCAAAGCAUCCUGUGGUGAUCGAUAUGCCAGAACACAACCCCGGUCAGAUGGGCGGAACGAUGAGACUAGGGAAGAGACGGACCAUCUUCAAGACUACCAGCAGUGUACUGCGCAAACUGUAUGGAGAUGCAGAGUAUGUGGAUGAAAGGCACCGACAUCGCUUUGAGGUCAAUCCUGAGCUCAAGAGUCACUUUGAAGAGAAGGGCUUCCGGUUCGUAGGUCAGGAUGUUGAAGGGGAAAGAAUGGAGGUCAUAGAGCUGGAUGAUCAUCCAUAUUUCGCUGGAGUGCAGUACCACCCCGAGUUUACCUCUCGCCCCAUUAAGCCAUCACCCCCCUAUCUUGGUUUGCUGCUGGCCUCUGCCGGGAAGCUGCAGAGCUACUUACAAAAGGGCUGCCGUCUGUCUCCACGGGACACAUACAGUGACCGGAGCGGCAGCAGCAGCCCAGACUCGGAGUUGUCAGAGCUGAAAUUGCCUUCCAUCUCAAACGAAUGAACUUCAUUUCCUGCCUGGAGUAAUAAACCAACUACAAACCCAAUAUUGCAGAUGUUCUGGAUUUUCAGCUACACUUGUUACGGACCAGAUUAAAUAUAUCCUUUGAAGUCUGAACAGUUUAGCUUCACAUUAACACAAGGCUCAGGGAUUGAAAUGCAGAUCCAUUUGUCAGUAUGGUGGCCUUACUGUAAAUACUACAUGUAUUUAAACAUUUUGACAGAUGUGCAGCUUCCUCAAGCUUACCUUGUUUAAACACCAGUGUAAAGUGCAGGACUCGUAAGAUUCAAGCCCUUGCUGAAUUCACAUAAGAUUACUUGUACCCACAAAGGUGAAUCAGUAUUCUGUUGCAUUUUGCUUUUAGUCCUUGAAUAAAUUUCACAGAAAGCCAA